CAAAAUCAGAAACUCAAGCGCUGCUAAAAGAAUUCCAUCAAGCAAUUAAAAAUGUUGAGUAUUUGAAAAAGAAAAACUACGACCUGAGUUGGGACCUCAUGGUGCUUAACGUGGACAUCUUUGAGUUUCAGCAACUACCACACAAGCUUCAAACUGCAAAAAAAGAAGAGGAGACUGCAAGGAAGGAAAAGUCCCUUCUGACUCAGCAGGUUUCACAAUGCAGAUCCCAGAUCCAACAAGAGCUAGCUCUUCUGUUGACCACUCUGGACAUCUCUCCUGAUGAUCUGCACAAAGAAUACCAAGGUCAGAUAAAGGCUUUGCAGAAGCAAAACGCAGUUCUCCAGAAGAACUUAGAAGAGCUCAAACACCAUCAAGACUCAGCAAUGAGGAUGGAUUUAUCCAACCUUGAAGCCCAAAAAAGCCACUUGGAGAGUCAAUGUGAGCACAUCCGGGAGGUGAUUCAGAUCCAAAGCCAACAGCAGGAUGGAGAACUCGUCUAUCCUGAACAGACAGAGGAGUUAAAAAGUGAAAUAAAAUCCCUCAGACAGGAAAAGAAAGACCUUCUGGAAGAACAAAGGGAGAUGGAAAAUUCUAAACUGGAAACUCAAGCGCUGCUGAAAGAAUUCCAUCAAGUGAAUUCUAAUAUUGAAGAUUUAAAAAAGAUAAACUACGACCUGAAAUGGGAACUCAAGGAGCUUCACGUGGACAUCUUAGAAGAACAAGGCAUGUCAGCCAAGCUUGAAGCUUCAAAAAAAGAGCAGGAGUUUUUACAGAAGGAAAAUGCAGUUCUGACUGAUCAGAUGGCAGAAUGCAGAUCCAAGAUCCACCAGCAGACAUCUGUUGUGUUUGAGCCCCAGAGUCCUGCUAGAAACCAGCCAAUAUGUUUCUGCACCCGACAAGGGACUCAGUCAAACCAGACGUCUGCCCAGAUCAUGCAGAGUUUACCAACCCUGGUCCUCAGGGACCACGGAGAUUGA